CGACCGAGUCUGAGCCUGACAAUCGACCGACCGACAAACCGCGCCGUGAUAACCGCCCUCGACAGCUUUAACCCUCAAUCGCAUUUCUCCUCCAGCUUAAGCAAUCUACAGCCCCGACAUGUCGGGAUACCCGGGCUACAACUCUGGCCGAUACGGCCCGCCGCAGCCUCAAUACCAGGGCAAUUAUUACCCACAGCAACCAUCCUACGGCGGAUAUCCUCAAGGCCAGCCUUCUCCCCAGCCGCCCUACGGCUAUCACCAACAACCGCCUCCCCAGCAACAAUACUACCAGCAACCCCCUCCUCAGCAGCCUCAGUAUGGCCAGUAUCAGCAGCACCCACCUCAGCCCAACUACCAAACACGACCUGGCGGUAGCGGCGGCCCUCCUCCUCCUCCCUCAGCACCUCAGCAGUUCGGCCACGGCGCCCCCAACAGCUAUGCCUUCAGAUAUUCCAACUGCACCGGCAGGAGAAAAGCCCUGUUGAUCGGAAUCAACUACUUUGGCCAGCGCGGCCAGCUGCGUGGCUGUAUCAAUGACGUCCGCAACAUGACUGCUUACCUUUCCGAGCAUUUUGGCUACAAGCGGGAGGACAUGGUGAUCCUUACAGAUGAUCAGCAGAACCCCAUGAGCCAGCCAACCAAACAAAACAUCUUGCGCGCCAUGCACUGGCUAGUCAAGGACGCCCGACCUAACGAUUCCUUGUUCUUCCACUACUCAGGUCAUGGUGGACAGACAAAGGAUCUCGACGGCGACGAAGACGAUGGUUACGAUGAGGUCAUUUACCCCGUCGACUUCCGACAGACGGGCCACAUUACCGACGACGAGAUGCACCGCAUCAUGGUUCGUCCCCUCCAGUCCGGUGUUCGCUUGACAGCCAUCUUCGACUCGUGCCACUCCGGUACCGCCCUCGACCUUCCCUACAUUUACUCGACACAGGGCAUCCUCAAGGAGCCCAACCUGGCCAAGGAAGCCGGUCAGGGCCUCCUGGGUGUCAUCUCCUCGUACAGCCAAGGCGACUUGGGCGGCGUCGCCAGCAACAUUUUUGGCUUCAUCAAGAAGGCCGCCAACGGCGACGAUGCCCGAGACCGCGCCCUCCGGACAAAGACGUCUCCGGCAGACGUUGUCAUGUGGUCUGGCAGCAAGGACGAUCAGACUUCUGCCGAUGCUACUAUCGCUUCUCAGGCCACCGGAGCCAUGUCGUGGGCCUUUGUUACGGCGCUUAAGAAGAACCCUCAGCAGAGCUACGUUCAGCUUCUCAACAGCAUCCGCGACGAGCUCUCAACACGCUACACUCAGAAGCCUCAGCUGUCUUGCAGUCACCCUCUCGACACGAACCUGCUGUUCGUCAUGUAAUGAGUAGGGAGUUUCCCUACCUAGGAGCAUCUCAAUGUAUCGCAGCCCUAAGCUAGGAGUAACCAUGAGCCAUAAGAAUCCUAUAUACUCUUACCUGACUCUUUUUUUCCUAAUUCCGAGGGGCUAAAAAGAGCCUAAGGGUUCAUCAUCCUUAUCAAUGCAUGGUGUUUUUAACAAUGGAGGGGAUUGAUUGACUGGUUGGACAAAGGCUGACUGAGCGACGUCUUGGAAUAUGAGGCCGGCGGGGUUUUUAUAACGAUGGGCGGCUGUUUGUAAAGCUUGGGUGUUUUUUGUUAGUUGUGUUUUUUUUUUGAUGACUUGUUUUGAUGUGUUUCUCAAGAUGGGUGUCGUCUUGUGGGCUCAUGUUUAUAUGGUUCGGUUCUCGUACAGCGAUGGAUGAAAAGAAAAAAAGACUCCAACAUUUUUUGAAUG